AUGGCGAAAGGAUUCACACGCACGCAACAUGCGACAGACAAUAUUUCAUUCCCCGUACUAACAUAUACCGACGCUUUGCCGCGAAAAGACCUUUACGAACUGGAUGAUGGGACUUCUUACAAGCGACCGGACCCGGCCACACUCGGACAAUGGGACUUUCACCGACCCAGCACCGCGGAUGGAUAUAGAAAGCCCCCACCCGGUCAGAGCGCCAUGUUUGACUUUCGAGUGACAGCACCGCCGGAUGAAGCCGUCCCCACAAGAUCGAGGCCGUAUCGUGGUCCGAAAGAGCAGGAAUCAAUAGGAAUUGCUUUGGGAAGCCCUGGGAUGCUCCACAGCCAGGGACAAUUCCAGCCUCCCAUAUCGAUCUUUGCGGCGGGGCGUACGGGAGAGAAAUCCGGACCUCAGAAAUCAAGCAAGUGGAAGAAGAUUGGAGGGUUCUUUAGGGCGAAGAGUGCCCUUGCGUCAACGUCAAACCUUGCACAGGCAGAUCCUGGCUUACGGACAACACGAAAAGAGAAGUCCAGUGAGAAACCACGCAAAACAAAGCAAAGGAACGACUCGAAAGAAGAGUGGCCUUCUCUCAAAAUUGACCCCAAGCCGGAGCUAAAUGCCAGCGGCAAAAUCCGCGAAUCCAAGAGGAAUCGAAACCGUUCUCAGACGGCCCCCCAAGGACCCGAAGGGAAGUCAGCCAGCACAGAACCUAUGCUGCAAGUGAACAUCCCGGACAUUGAGAUGGAGCGGUACAGUGUUAUGUUCAGCAACUUCAUCCAGAAGAGGGAAAGACCAUCAUUGCUGGCGCGGAGAGACAAAACGCUUGACAAUCUGCAAGUCCCAGAUGCGCAUAACUUCCUCAAGGCAAAGGGGUCUCCAGUGAUUCAACGACGAGCAACCUCGCCUGCAAGAACGAGCUUCACAUUAUUCCCAACCUCCCAACCCACCAAAGCCGCCCAGGUGCUUGGUGCCCUCGGUACCGGUCCCACCCCGAACUUUUCGCGCGGGCCCAGGGUGAGAGCAUCGACCCUCCCUGCUGAAAGUCCGUUGAAAGCACCCGAGGAGCAACCAAAAGACUCUGCCAACGUGCACAUCCUCACUGCGUUCGAGUCACCGGUGAUCCCAAGAGUAUUCAUGGAGCGUCGAUCUUCUACACCGCGAUCAUCCACAAGCACUCCCCGAAACGAGGACAAACCGCUACCUGCCAUCAAACCGGAAUCAAAACCUGCUCGGACGCAUCAGCAUACUUCCCUAAAGAACGGUGAUGCGAUAACAUCCAAGAUAUAUGCUCCCAAACAAGAUACCCCCAGGAAAGAUACUCCCAAGAAGAACACCCCCAAGAAAGGCACUCCGAAGGACACUCCCCAGAAGCACACCCCCAAAAACCAGUCCCGCAUUCCAGUAAAGACGGAGAAAAGGCCUUCUCCUCCAGCCAAGGAUAAAACCCUGUCGACAUCUAUCACCACGGAGAAAGUCGGCCGCAUCAUCGUUUCGACCAUGCCUAUAUCGGGCCCGGACUGUGGGUCUUCUCCGGAGGAUUCAACACGGAGGAUGCCUCUGGCCGAUGAAGAUACCAGCCCUCUCCCCUAUAUCUCCCCAGCAGUGGAGGUUUCGACCGCGAAAUCCGUGUCUGUUUCCCAGGGACGGCGGCAACUGCUAGUCCCAAUCGGCGCCCGAGUUGACCACCUAGAACCCCAUGAGCGCUUGGUGGACCGACAGACUCUGAUACCGAGUGUUCAAUCCGGUCACAAACAUGCGGUUUCACAGGAACUACGAAUUGAAUCGUUGUGA